AUGACAGGCUCCAUCUUCAAUCCGCAAGUCCGCUUGCUCAAUGCUCUUCAAGCUGGCGCGAAACCUAUCAUGACCUUUCUGGGGCUUCCAUCUUCUCGCCCGGUACAGAUGGUAGCCCAGACCGGUGUCGAUGGCAUAAUCAUCGAUUGUGAACACGGCCACAUCAGCAACGAUGCCAUGCACAGCUCAACCGCUGCCAUCACUGCCAUGGGAGUCUCGCCGCUUGUCCGUCUCCGAAUGACCCACCCGGAUUUGAUCAAAAGAGCCCUAGAUGCUGAGGCCCAUGGCAUUGUUGUUCCCAUGAUCUGCUAG